AUGUCAAAAUUCAAUACUCAGCUGGAUCGAUUUCAAAAAACAGCAGCACUAUCUAGAGCACCUGUUCCAUCAGAUCCUUCCCCAAAGAAUAUUUCCAGUGAUGCAAUACCUCGAGUUCUUCCACCAAUAUCCAAACAUUCGGUUCACUCUCACGGUCCAAUUACUGCUUCAUUGAUUCCCGCUCCUCAAUCCACUUUCAAUCAAACACAGGGCUAUGCAUCGACUUUACCUCAGCCGGCAUUAAGAUCGUAUAGCUUGGCUCCCCAGCCACCAUCAAAUGAUGCUCCCACUACUCGCGCUCGCACUCGAAUGUCAUCUGCUAUAACUGGGCCAAUAGCUUCUUUUCGAAGUGGUAUGAUUCACAGCCCUUCAAAUCAAUCUGGAAAAGCAAUCCAUCAACGAUCAAUAUCUGCUCCCAGCCGUCAUCAAGCUUCUGUUCCUCAUCAUCUAGAGCCAAUUCAUCAUACCGUGUUUAAUCCAAUCAAGGACAAAAGCAUAUCAUUUAAUGAAUCAUCAAAUAUAUCGCAACCAUAUCUUUCAACCUCGGAUUCCAAUUCUCCAGUCAACUCGCAAUUGCAAUUGCCGGCCCAAUCUACAUCACAAAAUGUCUCGAAUGGUUUGAUUACAACUUCCACGGCAUUGGAAUCUGCUCAUCACCAUUUGACAAAGUCAGCACAUCCUACAUCUACAACCAACUCGCCCUAUUCAUCGCAUGUAUCGGUCAUAAAACCAUCUGGAUCCAUGUCAUCGAUUCGAGUCAUGUCGCGAAUGCAGUCAAUAUCUUCAGCGGGAAGUGGAACCAAUACUCCACACCACUCUCGAAUGUUUUCAACAGGCGCUGGAACUGACAGAAGCAAUGCCUUUCUUACCACAAAAAAGGAUGUCGAGUUUCUUUCCAAACUCAUCCAAGACCAAGGAUCAAUAGAUGUUACUCAGCGAGAUAAAGAAGCAUGGACACGCAAAGUACUCAAGAUGGAAAUCAAGUCGGCUGAAAAAGAAAUGAGGCAUCAUGAAAAGACUAUUAAAAAAGGCGAUAAAUUGGAGUUGGCUUUGGACACGCCGAGUGAUGGAUGGAACAUUGGUAGCGGUAGUAUAGGCAUUGGCUCACCUAAUGGAUCUACCGUAUCAGCUACAUCCAUUAUAUCCACAAGUGUUCAUACACUAGGCACAGCUUCAAGCUCAACAUUACCAACAGCACCAGCAAAAGUCGGUAAGAUGGGGAGUAUAUCUCGACUUUUUUCUUUAUCGUAA